AUGGAAUUACAUGCAGACCCUCUCUCGCAUAUUUACUGCCACAUCAGUCAAUUUGAAGCAAUGCUGAGACUGGACGGCAAAGUCGUUCUCAUUACUGGCCUCGGCCAAACCACAGAUGAAGGUUGGGGUAUUGGCGCCGCAAUAGCCUCGAAGCUCGCCUCUCAAGGCGCCAUGAUCUUCGGUGGGAACCGAUCUCUGGCAUCAGCACAGCGGACAAAAUCCCGUAUUGAUAGUUCUGGUGGCAUAUGCGACAUCCAAGAGACGAAUGUCACGGAAGCAAACUCCGUGAAGGCUUUGGUAGAAGCCUGCAUGCAACGGCACGGCCGAAUCGAUAUCCUUGUUAACAAUGUCGGAAGAUCCGAACCAGGUUGUCCCGCAACCAUGACUGAAGAUAUUUGGGAUUCCCAAGUGGAUAUAAACCUGAAAAGUGUUUACUUGACUUGCCACCUCGUGUUACCGAUUAUGGAGAGGCAGACAAGCGGUGGGUCCAUCAUAAAUGUAUCUAGCAUUGCGGGUUUACGGUAUAUUGGAAAACCGCAGGUUGCAUAUUCGGCAACUAAAGCGGCCAUCAUGCAAUUCACAACGGCCACAGCGGUAAUAUAUGCUGCGAAGAAUGUGAGAUUGAACACUGUUGUGCCUGGUUUGAUAUCCACUCCCUAUACGCGGGAACUAGCGAAACGGUAUGCGCCUGGUGGAGAUGAGGAGGAGUAUAUGCGAAAACGGGAUGCACAGGUGCCAAUGGGCCGGAUGGGAGAUGCUUGGGAUGUGGCCAAUGCAGUGCUGUUUCUUGCUGCUGAUGAGUCCAAGUAUAUUACUGGACAGGAAUUGGUGGUCGACGGGGGGAUUACUUCGUCCACGGGGAGAGUAUAA